AUGGGGGUGAGGCUCCGAAUCUCGCCGGCGGCUCCCCAUUCAAUCUCCCGCUGUCCCCGUCCUCUUGGGGCGGUGCUUUCUAUCCUGCUGGCUGGAGGGUCCCGGAAGGGGACUCCAACUGCGCGAUGCCUCGGCCAGAGGACAAAGGAGAAGCGGGUUGGGGGCCGCUCUCUGCGCUCGGAGGCCGGCUCAGGCCCCUGCCCUACUGCUGGGGCUCAGCCGACCGCUCCGUCCUCCGCCUGGCCACCGCGACUCCGGCCACGCACGUGUCCACAGAUGUCCGGUGAACUCCCACGUGUGCGUCCCACACGGGUCGGCCUUUCUUCCUUGGGCUCGAGCCCCAGACACCCACCCUCGGAGACACGUAUGUGCGGGGAGCGCGCCCGGAACCGUCGGGGCCGAGCACGGCGUCUCACGCCAGAGCAGCCGCGGAUCGGAGCAUCCGCUGGUCCAGGACCCCCGCUCCCGCCCGCCAGGCCACGUUGUUCGGGCAGCUGUCACCUCCCUCGGCCGCCGCAGCACCUCUCGCCCCCGCAGCCCGGCCGCGUUCGGAUGGGCACAGCAGAAGGGGGCCGCCGGGCAGACACUCACCACGCUCGCCGCCGCCGCCGCGCUCGCCUGCCCGCCCCGCGCUCGGCCAGCACCUAGGCGGGGAGGCGCGUCCGCUCGGCGCCGCGCGCGCUCCGCCCUCGGCCUCCUCCGGGCUUCGGCUCCCCCUCCUGGCCGUCGAGGCUACUGCGCCCAGCCAGGCCACAGCCACGCGCCCACCCGCCCCCUGGCCGUGGGUUCCCCCGGGCAGGGUGGCAGUUCUGCGCGCAGAGGCCGGGCCGCGCGUCCCCAAGGUCCUUUCUUGGUUUCCGGGCCUCAGGCCCCUGCAGGCACAAGGACCCGCGGGGCGCGGGCAGGUGGCAGAGCGCCGGUGGAUGAGGGUGCCCUGGGGGAGGCGUGGCCUCCAGGGCAGACACAGGUGCUCCGUGGAACUGCUGGGCCAGCGCAAUGGAGAAGUGGAGGCACAACCCCACCCGCCGAACAGCGACUUUGUAUCCAAAGCACCCCACUUGGGGCUGGGCGCAGUGGUUCACACCUGCAAUCCCAGCACUUUUGGAGGCCGAGGCAGGCAGAUCACUUAAGGUCAGGAGUUCGAGACCAGCCUGGCCAACAUGGUGAAACCCCAUCUACUAAAAAUACAAAAAUUAGCCGGCGUGGUGGCAAGUGCCCUAGUCCCAGCUACUUGAGAGGCUGACGCAGAAUCGCUUGAACCUGGGAGGCAGAGGUUGCAGUGAGCUGAGAUCAUGCCACUGCACUCCAGCCUGGGUGACAGAAACUCCAUUUAAAAAAAAAAAAAGCCCACGUGGGUUACUUUGUAGCACAGCACCUCCCUCCCAGGAAGAUGAGGACCCACAGGAGGCCCCAGGCACAGUGGGAGAGGACAGGACCAGGAUGUGGGGCACCUGUGCACACAGGCCUCCCUCCCCGCAGGGGCCAGGCCUCUACCCCACCACCCUCCGCCCUCCAACGGCUUCUCCAUCCAACAAAUAAAUCAAGCUCUGAGGUGAAAGAAA